UCGGGCACAGGUUUGCAGUGAUUUAGUUAGGGUCCUAUUAGCUCAUAGUUCGGUACUUGUACGGUAAAACAAUUAAAAAAAUUGCAAACAAAUAAAAUUAAUUAAUAAAUAAAUUUAAUAUGUCGGUAAUAAUAUAUUAGGCAGUUGUGUUAUUUUAACGAAUAAUUGUGUUCUUGGAGUUUGUGUUCCUUUAGUAAAUGACUUAAAGUUAAGUUAAGAUCAUCAACAAUGCCGACCACCAUAGCAUUUGGCUCCAAUGAAAAAUGGCGGAUCAACCGCAAUAUAUUCGUCCUAGGCUUCGCGUUCAUGGUGCAGUUCACCGCUUUUCAUGGAGCGGCGAACCUUCAAAGCUCCGUCAAUACUGACGAGGCUGCUGGUACCAUUACUCUGGCUGCAAUAUACUUCUCGCUCAUUCUAUCUAACGUCUUCCUGCCUGCGAUGGUCAUAAAAUGGCUGGGCUGCAAGUGGACUAUCGCCAUGUCAUUCGUAACAUACAUGCCGUUCAUAGCCGCGCAGUUCUAUCCGUACCUUCAUACGCUGGUGCCAGCUGGUAUGAUGGUCGGGUUCGGUGGAGGCCCGAUGUGGUGCGCUAAAUGCACUUAUUUGUCUGUGGUUGCGGAACCCUAUGCCAAAUUGUCCGGAGUAUCUGCGGAGGUGUUGGUGGUGCGAUUCUUUGGCCUCUUCUUCAUGUUCUAUCAGAUGGCACAGAUUUGGGGCAAUCUUAUUUCUUCGUCAAUACUUUCGUCAUCGCUGGGAGAGACGACGAGUUACUUGAACGAUAGCUUCACGCCCAAAGCCGCAGCUCUGGUUAGCAAUUUCACGGCUCCGACACCCGACUAUGGCGGAACGUGCGGCGUCAACUUUUGCAGCAGCAGCGAUGCUCAUGAAAAUACAAACUUGGAGCCUCCUGCUCCGCUGAAAAUACAGGUGAUCGCAGGAGUUUAUCUGGCUUGUAUGGCCUUCGCUAUCAUCCUUGUUGCUGUUGGCGUCGACUCCUUGAGCAGAUACAAUUCCGGUAGACAGCCAAUAGCCCAAGGAAAAUCAGGAUUUCGCUUGCUGGCGGUGACUUUGCGACAACUGCGACAUAAGUACCAGCUACUAUUGUUACCUGUUAUUGGCUAUAUUGGCGCUGAACAAGCUUUCAUGGCAGCUGACUUUACACAGGCGUUUGUCGGUUGCGCGUACGGCAUCAGCAACAUCGGUUUCGUACUGAUCUGCUUCGGCGUAUUCAACGCGCUCGCGGCUCCUGUGGCUGGCGCUGUCGUCAAACUGACUGGGCGCUUCCCUGUUAUGCUUACAGCACUAAUCCUGAAUCUAUGUCUAUUAACGUCGCUGAUCCUCUGGAGGCCGGACCCUGACCAGUGGCUGAUAUUCUUCGUCCUAGCAGCGAUAUGGGGAACCGCCGAUGCCGUGUGGCUUGUACAAGUUAAUGCUCUUUCCGGCAUCCUGUUUCCAGGAAACGAAGAAGCAGCUUACUCCAAUUUUAGACUUUGGGAAUCCACGGGCAGCGUCUUGUCUUACGCCUCUGCACCUUACUUGUGUGUCAGAACCAGAUUAUACAUCCUGGUAGGUCUGCUGCUCUUGGGUUUCUCAGGGUACACCACAAUAGAGGUGAUGGAGUACCGCGCCAAGCGUCGACACCAUCAAGAAAGGAACUUCGAACUGGUCGCUGCAAAAAAUGAACAGGAAUAAUAGCUCGUUCACACAGGCUGCGUAAGCGUAGACGUAGCGCGUACCAUUGCGUUGUAAUGUAUGGAAUUGUAUGAAACACCGCUUGCGUAAGGACGUAUGCGUAACCCAGUGUGUUAGGGGUUUGCGCGCGUUACUACGCACGUGUCACGUGUACGUGCUUGGUGUGAAUCGGUCUUAAACUACGAAAUAUAUCUAAGUACUAACUUAUGACUCCUAGUCAUUAUCUAUUGAGUAAUUCGCAACGGUGAACUUAUGUCAGGAACUGCUAAAAAAAUAGGUAGUAGGUACUGCAUGAUUUUUUUACGAACAGACUUUAAUAAUUUCAGACGAGUAGUACUUAUUCAUAAUUUUUCAUUGUGAAAUAAUACUACAAUUUUAUUAUUAAUCUGGAAAUCGAAAAGAUCAAUCAAUGUCUAUUUAUUAUGUAACUAUAGGUAAUAUUACAUCUACUAAUUAAUCGAUGAUGUAAUCCUUUUUAUAUAAAUUUUGUACAUAGAUAUAAUAUAAGCCUAGGUAUAAGUAUAUGUUAGUUAAUAUUAUUUUUAACAUAGGUAUUAAUGUUUCACCCAAUAUUUUAGUUCGUAAGGUCAUAGAAAAGAAAACCAAAUGUUUGGAAUAAAUCAUUGUUUUAUUCUCUUCCACAUAAAUACUUAAAAUCGAAUUUCUUUCGAAAUCCGAAAUUAUAUCUAAUCAAGCUUAACAUAAACUAAGUACUUAUUGUGUUUUUAAGGAAAUUAACAAGUGACUAAGCCUUGUUAUAGACAAAAUAAUUCACAAAGCAAACAAACGCACUUUCAUCAAAUGAAAAUGUACACACAAUAAAUUAGCCGAAUCACAUUGGAUUCUAAUUAAUUAUAUAAUUAUCUCUUAUUUUAGGAUAGAGAAAUUGACUUAUUGCGUUUAUUCACCCUAAAACAGUCACCCUAGGGUCUGUAAUUUCAGAAACAUGUGUCCAUUUAUCAAACCCGCACUUAGAAUAAUCUACAUUUCUUCGUUUAGGGUGUAUAUAGAUGGACAUACGUUUCCGAAUAUACACCCUAGGGCGGCUAUUUUAGGGUGGGUAAACGGAAUAAACUGCUUUUUCAGAAAUUUUACUUCUACAUCUUUAACUGAAUGAAAAUAAUUUUGUUUUGGAUUUUAGGAACAUAAGUUAACCAAAAUAUAAGCCACACGUAGAAAUACAUAGUUAAUUGACGAAGUAAUAAAAAUAGAUACACCACAUGGCAAGGGACGGAGCCUGCCUUUUAGAUAUUACUUUUAUUUGAUUUAGUACGUUGCCUUAUCGUAUACCCACUUUUAUUACUGUGUACAUUGUUUUAAGAAGGUAAGUAUAGGUCAUAUUACAUGCUGCUCCAUAAUGUUCCAAGUUGUAAAGAUGUUUUUUUUAAUUAAAAUCACGUACUUCAUUCCUUUUAUCAUACAGAAAUAUUUGUUCAAUUUGAUAAAAUUAGGAGCCAAAUGCGAGUAUGCAUUUUUGAAUAUUCAUUUUGUUUUAGUACACAAAAUUUAUAUUGAUCCUAGCACACUUUGUAGUUUCUGAAUGAACAAUUAUUGAUUAGUGUUUGUGCAUUUGCUUUUUGAUUUCAACAAAAUUAUGUGGUACAUUUUCCAAAAUCAUACAUCCAAACAAACAAUUUAACUAAAAUAUUUUAUGGUACAUAAAACAAUUUACAAACAAAUAAGUCACUGGUCCAUAUUAAAAGUAGGUUCAUUAAUAAACAAAAAGCUGCGACAUCGAAUUCUAAAUUAUAAAAUAAUAAUUAAUUAUUAAUAAAUCAGCUAUUAACAAAUUCGUAAUAUUCUUAUAUUCUAUUUAUUAUUGUAUUAUUAUCGUCCGAUUUAAAGCGUACAACCGUAAUACUUUCGAAACAGUUAUCAUGGGCGUAGCCAGAAAUAACUAUAGCAAUAUUUGGGUGAAUUUUAUGAACUUUUGGGUGUGCCUAAGAUUUCCAGAACUAAAAUUCAUCUUAAGAUUGUCCGAACUGUGAGCAAUUUUUUAAAAACAAUUUAUUGUUGUUGUUUUCAUAUUUUAUAAGACGAAUUUUUCAAAAAAAACAAUCUUUUUUACACUUACAAUACAAACAGGCAGGCCACUUGGUAUUAAGUGACUACCGCCAUCCAUAACAUUUGCAGCACCAGAGUUUACCACCAAGCUUUUCAGGAAUUUGUCUUUUAGGCUUAAUGAAUACUGUGUUAUGCUUUCUAGGAUGGACACUCAAUCUUUCUGGCUGCGUCAUGCCCACUCAUACACCUCCCUGGCUACGCCUAUGAGAGUUAUUGAUAAAAUAUUAUACGUAUAUUUGACAAUUACACCAAAUGCUAGGAAGACAUGGAACAAGGCACAGAAUUUUAUAGUUUCCUGUGAUGUAUCCGUUACAGUUAGCACCUUUAUAAUUGAUAUGUUAUCAUUUCUAGUAAUUAUAGUAGUAGGAGGCCAUGGAAAGACUGGAUAUUUUGUAAUGAUUUUUUAAAAAGUGCCAAUUCAUUAUAUUUAUGAAAAACUUCUAGAUCUAAGUGUAUCGGACCGAAAACCGUUUCAAGAAAUAUUUUUUGCUCAAAAAGUACUUUAUAAUUUACUGUAUAUAGAAUUUUAAUUCAUAGUUUGAAACGCAAAUUAAUUUGAAAAAAAAAACUGUUGUGAAAAUUACACAUUUUUUAAACAUGUUUAUAAAAUCGAUUAUUAGGUAUUACGAUUCUUUAGUCCCAAUUUGUUAUAUUAAUAAGUUGUAUAAUAAUAAUUAUUACACAUAAUAUCGCAGUUUUUCCAUGAGCGUAAUUUAAAGUUACAUUUUGUAAUGUGUUUAAUGUAUUAUUCUCAUCAAUAUGCUAUUUUGGCAAUUAAGGAGAUUACCACAGUUUAUGAAAAAUAUAUUUCACUACGAUAUAAUUAUUUAUUGUUGUAAUAAUCUAUAUCUUAUACAGAUAAAAAUACAGUAAAAUCGUACGGCCCUAUAUACAGAUUUACUUACGCCUUUAAAAAUAGGAAUUGUAUUAUGCAAUAUAUGAAAUAUUUAAUCCAGUUUUUUUACAUAACUAAGUGUAACUACAAACAUAUUUGUAAUUUCAAAUUGAAAUUACAUUCUCUGUAAACAUUAUAAAUGAGCUUUCUUCAGGUGUGGUGUAAAUAAAUGCUAUUCUCGACGCAAUAUUACAAUACAAUAUUUAUCUAUAAAAAUAGAUAUAUAAUAAUAUAUACAAAUUACAAAGUGUUUGUAACGUUGACCCUGUAUUUAUCUUUAAGUCAUACUUAGCCUCGAAUUUAGAUAUUUUUACAAAAAGGCCAUUAUAUACACAAAAAAAAAACUUUACAUUAACAUUUUUCAAAAAUAUUUCUAUCAGGGUCGUUUAGCACCGAAAGUUUACUUAUAAUUUCGAAGAAAGUUUUUGCAUGCUUCAUUAGACAUACAUUAAUUUUUAUUUACGUAUCAACAAAAAACUUAUUUAUUUAUUUAUUGUAACAUUGUUAUUUUUUGUAUCUAGCAUACAAAAACUAUUGUCGAAAAACAUAAAAAAUAAAACAAAACACAACUCAUUUGGACGGCAACACAUUAUUUACAUCCUUAGCUG